UGUGUGUGUGUCUUUUAUAAAACUAGUAUUUGCAAUUACAAUUAUAGCAAGCUCUUUUACAUGAUAUUCUGUCUGCAUGGUGUCUACAUUUAUAUUUUCCUUUCUUAUUGGGCUGGCAUUGCCCCACCUUUUAAACCUUUAGGCAUCAAACACUGUAUAGCUUUCCUUCUACAAUGCCCUAACCCUCUGUUUUAUCUCAGUAGCUUUCCCUGUUAUGUGGGAUGUGCUCUGAAUGCUGCCUCUUGCUUUGUUGCAGUGCAGAAUAGUGAGGCAUCAUAAAACAGGCUGGCAAUGGGGGAGGCUGGGGGAGGCUGUGACUGCUGCAUCUGGAAAUUGGGUCUCUGCAGAUGUUUCAUGAUGUACCAGCCUUACCUAGCUCCUGUUUUUUCUCUUUCUUACCAGGCAACGUCACACCUCCUGAGGACACCAAAGCAGUCUUUUUUUUUUUUUUUUUUUUUGCUGAGCUUAGCAUCUACCAUCUAGCAUAUUAUAUGCUUUAAACAGAAGCAUAUCUGUUUACAAGUAAGCCUGUGAGCCCAAUCCUGCCCUUCCAGUAGCAUGGUUGUGUCAUCCCAAGGACACCUCUCAUUUUAGAAAAAUUGCCUUUUAUUUUUUUUAUGUUUAGGACAAACAAUUUAUAGGAUGAAAUAUACCCUGUUUUUGUGUCUUGCAUUUCCCGGAGCACUGGAGCAGCUUUGUCUUGUUACUAAGAAACCUCGAGGUUUGCUUCCGAAGGUGAGAAGCUGUAUACUUCUCAUCUCUUCCAGAAACCUUUUACGAUCUUGACUGCACAUAUUUCCAGAGUGCUUGAGUGCAAUCCACUGCCAACAGUCAGCCAAAAAUACCAAGCAAAGCUUUUAUCUGGCCCCUAGCUAUGACCGUUGCAACUGGAGAUCCGACAGAUGAAACAUCGGCUUUGCCAGGUCACCCGCAGGACAGUUAUGACCCUGAACCAGACCAUGAGUGUUGCGAAAGAGUGGUUAUUAAUAUUUCAGGACUGCGGUUUGAGACUCAGCUGAAAACCUUGUCUCAGUUCCCUGAAACUUUACUAGGGGAUCCUAAAAAAAGGAUGAGAUACUUUGAUCCCUUGAGGAAUGAAUAUUUCUUUGACAGAAACAGGCCAAGUUUUGAUGCUAUCUUAUACUAUUACCAGUCUGGUGGCAGAUUAAGGAGACCAGUAAAUGUGCCCUUGGAUAUAUUUUCAGAAGAAAUACGGUUCUAUGAACUUGGUGAAGAAGCCAUGGAAAUCUUCCGGGAAGAUGAAGGAUUUAUUAAAGAGGAAGAACGCCCUUUACCAGACAAUGAAUAUCAAAAACAAGUGUGGCUAUUGUUUGAGUACCCUGAGAGCUCAGGACCCGCCAGGAUUAUAGCUAUCAUAUCAGUUAUGGUUAUAUUAAUAUCAAUUGUCAGCUUUUGCCUUGAAACUUUACCAGUUUUUAGAGAUGAAAAUGAAGACAUGCAUGGAAGUGGAGUCAAUUACUACCCGUACUCCAAUAGCACAGUUCGAUAUCAAAAGUCAAAUACUUUUACAGAUCCUUUCUUUAUUGUGGAGACUCUGUGCAUCAUCUGGUUUUCAUUUGAGUUUCUGGUUCGUUUCUUUGCCUGCCCUAGUAAAGCUGGCUUUUUUACCAAUAUCAUGAACAUCAUUGAUAUAGUUGCAAUCAUCCCUUACUUUAUUACACUAGGCACAGAGUUGGCAGAAAAAACGGAAGAUGGGCAACAGGGCCAACAAGCAAUGUCUUUAGCAAUUCUUAGAGUUAUCAGACUGGUUAGAGUAUUUAGGAUCUUUAAACUCUCUAGACAUUCAAAGGGUCUACAAAUCUUGGGGCAGACUCUGAAAGCCAGCAUGAGGGAAUUGGGACUUCUAAUAUUUUUUCUCUUUAUUGGUGUUAUUCUCUUUUCUAGUGCAGUGUAUUUUGCUGAAGCUGAUGAGAGAGAUUCUCAGUUUCCCAGCAUCCCAGAUGCCUUCUGGUGGGCUGUAGUUUCCAUGACAACAGUAGGCUAUGGAGACAUGGUCCCUACAACAAUAGGUGGCAAAAUAGUAGGCUCUCUGUGUGCAAUUGCAGGCGUAUUAACCAUUGCCUUACCUGUCCCUGUCAUAGUGUCCAACUUCAAUUACUUCUAUCAUAGAGAGACAGAGGGGGAGGAGCAAGCACAAUAUCUGCAAGUAACCAGCUGUCCAAAGAUCCCUUCAUCCCCUGACCUUCAAAAGAGCAGAAGUGCCUCCACUCUAAGUAAAUCGGACUACAUGGAAAUUCAAGAAGGGGUAAAUCAUAGCAAUGAAGAUUUUAGAGAGAAGAACUUAAAAACUGCAAAUUGCACAUUAGGAAACACAAAUUAUGUUAAUAUAACCAAAAUGCUAACUGAUGUUUAAGUGACUUUUUCACCACAAAUGUGUCUGGGACAGUUUCAGAGUCUGUGUAACGCAAUAAUACGCUAGGUCUUAUUUCUAGGUGUGCUAGUUCUGCAUGGGAAGCAAUAUCUGUGUAAGUGAUGUCUUACUGCAUUCCUAACUUGACUAUAACUCACAGAAUAUCUAUUGGCAGCAUUACUGCGGUUACAUUGUUUCCCAAAGACGAGCACGUUAGAUGUAAUUUGAGGUCACUGUCAAAAACUCAUGCAGGUCAGUACUAAAAUGCAUAAGCUUGAGACCUCAUGAGAAAAACUAUUUUUUUGCACUUUAGAAACCUAUGUAAAACCCAGGAAAUGACAUUUCAUGCUUUAAUGUUUGUUCCUUUGGAUACCGAUACUUUAGGUCUUAAUCGAAUGGUAAUGCAAUGGUGCAAUGCCCAGGAGAUGCAUAUAUAUUUCCCCUAGGGGUUAAAUUGCUAUUAAAAAAAAAGGCCUUCUGAGUUUUAUCGAAUAACAUAUAUUUUUAUGGUAUUUGUAUAUUUAAAUGCUGAUAUUAUUUUUAAAGCAAGAAGGAUUUCUAAGACAGAAAGCUGCUUCACUGCCAUUGCAGUGUGUCUGUGCAGAAACGUGACACAAUGGCAAUCCCGAACUCAUAUGUGCUUUGGCGUGUGUAUUUAGUAUAUUCAGUACCACCUAUCUAAAUGCUUAAAGCUGGUUGGUCUGCAGCUAGGCCUGCCACAAUAUCAACAACCGGUCUUAAAUAUAUAAGACAGGGCGAGUUUUCAUACAAGAAUGCAUGAAGAACGAUAGUGGCACAUAAGUCUAAGUAGCCUAUAAUGGACACAGCAACAAUUCAUAAAGUAAAACCAGGACUAAAUAAAGUGGAACUGUAAACAAAAUUAAAAUAUAGGGUUGCACAUAUACGCCUGUCCUAUGUAAAAUAAGUGCAUGCAUGUUAUCUGUUCUGACAGUGAUUGUCUAGCAGGUGGAGAAUAUGUGUGUAAUACCCUGUUAUCAUAAGGCGUCAUGAUCCCUAUCUGAUGAAAAAUGACUUUGACUCAUUCCAAUUAUAUUACUUGGAAGGGUUGUAUGUUAUAGCAUAAACUUCCACAGAUCUCUAAUUCUUACAGGUUUAGAGAUGUCCUGCUAGUAAUAUUGUUUCUAAAAAUAACUACUCCGAUUGACAUUCGAUGUAUAAGGCAUUGUAUCAAUUAAGAAUGAUGCAUGAAUAUAUAUUGCAUGCACACAAAUAUAGUUAAACACAUUCUCUUGCGCACACAUAUUUUUUUAGCCGAAAAAAUUAUCAGCUAUCUGUGUAGCUGUGUCCAUGUUUAUAGUAUUUAUACUCUUUAAAGGUAUUAUUUUGAAAAUUUCCUUAUAGGAAUAAAUAGGUCAAAUCAGGAAAAGGGACAUACUGAUUGUACAUUUUAAGAGACUAAAGCUAUUUCUGGGUAUAUUUUGCAGCAAGGAAUGUACAUAUACGUGCAAAGGCACUUAGUCAUGCUUAAAAGUAUAAGUACUAUAUCACUUGCAUAGUACCUAAUAAUACUAAUAUCCUUGUUAUAUGUUUAUGUACGAUAUCCUUAUCCACUGGACUGAUGCAAAACACAGAAAAGAGUGUUUAUAAAAUACAGUGACGUAUAUAUAUAUUCCAGGCUUCGACACAUAAUGUUAUUUGCCAUGAUGAUGGCAUUUUAUGCAUUGCACAAUGUAUAUAUCUUUAUGUAUGUAUAUAUUUGUGUAUACAUUUAUACAUACUGUAUAUGUAUAAGGGUGUGCAUGUAGAAAUACAAAAUCUGGGAAAAGAGAGAAGUAUCAUUUGGCAACAGAAAUUUAUUAUUAAAAAAAAACCAAAAUGAACUCCAGUAAGUGGAUAAUGCUUUCUGAAGGCUUAUCAUUUGCAUUAUUGCUAGUCGCAGCACAUUAUGCAUAUAUCAUUUUUUUUAUAUGGAGCUAUUAAUACAUUCAGGCUGAACUCAUGUGAUGCACUGUUAUCUUUAAAACUUACAGUUAAUGUUUUGAUGGAUCAGGGAUCAGGAGUGUAUCCUAAUGCUGAAAAGAAGUUAGUGAUCUACCCACUAAGUCAGACAUUCAACAGUUAUAGCACAAUGUAUGUACAGAACAUGGAAGGAGUCAGCAAAUGAGAAUAACUAUGUAAAGGCUCUUUUUCAAAAUGAGGGCAGAUAUGAAGUCAUAAGGCAUAACUUACAUGUGGCUGAAUCAUUAACCAAUCACAGCACUUCAUUUACUAACUUUAAGGCAUGCUUGUAAAACUGUGCAAAAGCAAAAAACAGAAAACAGGGUAAGGUACCUAACCUGCUACAACCUUGGUGGCUAUUCCAGGGUUCCCUUAGCGUGCUUUUUCAAUAUGCACAACAGACUUUUAUCACAUGCUAGCGGCAGAAGUGAUGACAUCCUCAGUAUAUACAAUUUAGCCACAUAUUGCACCCAGUUUGCAUCAAAAUGUUCAUCUUUUUUGACACGUGAUGCAACUCUCCUAUGUGGCCUCAAUGAAGCUGGAAUUGUGGGAAAAAGCUUUUUGGUUAAAAAGUGGUUAUUUUGUACUUUGCAUACAGCUGUUGCAGUCAUAAAGGAAACCUAUUACAUUGUAGUUUUCCUUAUCAACACUAACAUAAGAGUUAAGCAAUUGUUCUUUUGUUUAGUAAAGGAGGGCCUCUGUAUUUGGCUAGUAAUGUCUUGUGGAUGGUUGAGCCAUUUGAAAGGGGUUCUAAUCUGAAAAAAUUGGCAUAUAUAUAGUUUUUUUUUAUUUUUUUAACAUAAAUGAUUGUAUAUUUACAUGAGUUUAUUGAGGUUAUAUAAAGUUCAUCCAAAUAGCUUUCCACAUUUGCAAUAGGAUUAGCCAUGCUUGAAAAUAACAUAUCUUAGCCAAAUCUUUAGUUGUUAAACUAAGUAUCUAUACUGCAUCUUAAAAAAAAAAGUCAUUUUGUGAAUGUCAGCAUUAUGCAACUAAUAAGCACAGUGUGACAUCAGCUGUUAAACACAAACCGUGUCAUCAUUUAACAUAAACUGUAAUUAAUUACCUUUUCACUACUGGGAGCAAUUUAGAGACAACAGAAACAAACUUAAAGCAUUUCCUUGGGAAAAAAAAAAGACUCAAAGCUGCUAACAAUGAAGUAGAAUUUGAGCAGAAAUUGGUGCAGUCAGCUGCAGUUUUUACAUCAAAAGCAAUUGAAGGUGCAGAGCUGGUGAGAUGAUGUUGCAGGUUACAAAUGGUGAGAUGUGUGAAUAGUUAGGACUCAAACCUACAAUUGGAUGUUAAUGUCAUUGGUGUGAGGUGAAAUCUUUUGUCAUCCUCUGCAUGGCAACCAUUGUGUGAAGUAAUCUCGUUCUUCUCUACAGGGCUGAAAGCCACAGGAGCAGAGAUCAACAAUGAACACAGAAAAUAGCUGAUUUUUUUAUAGUUGCAUUGGUCUCCAUCCCUGUGGUUCUGACCUGUGGAGAAGAAUGAACUCAUUUAACACCAGCAUUGUUAUGCAGUGAAGCACAUAGGACUGUACCACUCAGUAAAUGCAGUUAGGCCUUCUCACCUUUCUCACCAACAAACCAUAUACCAUUAGUCUGCAAAUUUUCUGUGUUAGAUGAGUCACUAAACUGUUCAUAUAAGGCGAUAAAACUGUUAGUAUCUACCUAAAUCUGCAUUGCUAAAAUAAGAAGCAAUAAGAGAGGCAGAGAAUUGUAGAAUAAUAACAAAUGGUAAUCUGACUAUAUAGCCAAUGUAAAAACUAAGUACAUGGUCAUAGUUAAAGGGAAAGCUCACUUUUGACUUUUAGUAUGAUUUAAAACCUUACAUACAGUAGGAACCUGGUACCAUGCAAUUAUUAUUAAACAAAUACUAAUAGCAUCUCCAUAAUAUUCACAGGCUGCGCAACACUCAAGCUGUUGUUCAAUGAAAGACAAACUCUUUCAAUCUAUUCAGCCUAUGUUUUGAGAUGCUGGCCCCACACAUUUUCACAUUCGUUUUUUACUAUUAUUGGAUUUUUAGGGUUGUAUUUGAAAAGGGUGAACUCUCACUUUUAUCCCUUUGUAACUUUGGAAGUUCCCUCUUGCACUU